UGCUUCAUGCGGAUCUGCAUUCAGACAGAGUGCCAAUAAUAAUAAUGAAUAAACAUCAAUAAAUUGGUAUAUUGAAUGACAGUAAUUAAGUUAUUAACCAACAAAUAUAUGCAUAUAAAAGAAAAGAGCAUAUAUUUAUAUAGAUUGUGUGUGUGUUUAUCAUGGCUGUGGAGUAACAUACUUCUUGGUAGGCUUGGUACAUGCUUUAAUACAUGUCCGCUUAUCACCAUUUUGUUGCGCGAUUUACGCCCCAUCUGUGAAGAAAGAGUAAUUUUAAUUUUGUCUAUAGUGUAUAAUGGUGAAAUGACAAAAGCUAAAGCUAAAACAUUUGAGUAAAAUAUAUGCUUUUUGAACCGAUUGUGUAUUUAUUUGUGCAUCACUAUAAUGUUUUAGCAUGUUGUGGUAUAUAACAGUUAUUAAUACAAGCAAGUUUAUAUUUACGUGAAAAUGUAUAUAUAAAUUCUAUUGGAUUAUAUUAUUAAAUAUGUAUGCUGUAUUAUGAUUUAUGUUAUAAAAUAUUAAGUAUAAAAUGGAUUCUGAACAUGAAACUGAUAAAUCGUUAGAUGUAUCGUCUUCAUCACAACUAUCAGAUAACAAUGAAAAUUCUACUUCACAUAUAUACAUUGCAAUUGAUGAAGAAGAAAAUAAAAAUGUGAAUUAUAGUUUUGAUGAAAAUAUUAAUAACGAUAGCAAAUCCUCAGGUUCCGAGAAAAUCAGUAGCACAGAGGAGACAGGUACUCUUUUUCAAUCUCCAAAAGGCGAUGGCAGUCUAUCUAAACCCAAAAUCAGUCGUGAGUUGAAGGGACUGCAUAAAGCUGCUGCAGAAUCUAAAAUUAUUACUGAGUUCACAAAUGUGAAAGAGAAAAAAAGAGUCAGAAAAUCUUUGAACUCUCCUAGCCUAAAUAAAGGAUUGGACAGUGGUAGGAAAUCUACAGAAAUAUUGAGUAAUGAAGAUGAAAAUGACAAAAACCAUGAAGGAGAUAAAACACCAAAAAGUAAUAAAGUAAGAUCUUUAAAAACACCUACUGAUGCUAAAAGAUCUGUGAAUCUUGAAAAGUUAUUUAAUUCUAAGGAUAAUAUUGCUGAUAUGUUUUGUUGGCAAUGUCACAAAACUGAUGUGAGUGUUUCUUGUAAAACAUGCCCAAGAUCAUUCCAUCAACGUUGUGUUCGAGGUAAUAUAACUGAUCUACAUGAUUGGUGUUGUCCUGAAUGUGUAUCAAUAGUGCAAGCAGAAACGACUGACACCAGAUCAAAUGCAAUGAAACAAGUUUCUCUUAGUCACCUAUGUGAACUAUUGAAAUUUGCUUUGAAAAGAAUGACUGAUUAUCUUGGGGCAGAACCCUUCUUACAUCCAGUAGACAAAAAUGAAUUCCCAGAUUAUGCAAAAUAUGUAGUUCAUCCUAUGGAUUUGAGCAAACUUGAGCAAAAUAUUAAAAAAAAUUUAUAUGGAUCCACAGAAGCAUUCAUUGCUGAUACAAAAUGGAUACUUCACAACUCCAUUAUAUACAAUUCAAUUCAUACAAAAUUAACCAGUGUGGCAAAAGGCAUUAUCAAAAUUUGUAAGCAGGAAAUGAAUGAAAUAGAAACAUGCCCAGAAUGUUAUCUUAAGGCAAAUACACACAAUGAUACAAAUUGGUUCCUUGAGGUGUGUUCACAUCCACAUAUGCUGGUUUGGGCAAAAUUGAAAGGUUAUCCGUACUGGCCAGCAAAAGCAAUGACUGUAUCAAAUGGCAAUUUAGUAGAUGUUAGAUUUUUUGGAGCACAUGAUAAAGCAUGGAUACCUAUGAAGGAUUGCUUGCUUUAUAGUGAGAAAGAUCCAAAUUUCAGUGAUAAAGGAAAACGCUCUGAUUUCAUCGAAUCACUUAGGGAGUUAGCUAUAUAUGUGAAAAAUCUUGAGCAAAAAUUUGGAAAAUUUUGUCAUGCACCAUUCAAAACUCCAUAUCCUAAUGAUCAAGCAGCUAUUUAUAGUAUAAUGCUACCUUCAUAUAAAUUCAAAUCAGAUAUUGCAAAUAAAAAAAUAAUAACAAAACAAAAAGUUUGUGACAUAACGGAUAAACUACUAGAGGACACAAAAGGUAACAUGAAAAUAAAUAAUUCGUUAGAUGAGGAUAGUUAUAUUGAAGGAUAUGAUACUGAAGAUGAGGAAGCACUAAAAGAUGUAUCAAAUGAAUCUGUUGAUAAUGUAAAUGAUAUGAAAAUUAAACAAACACCUUUGCGUGCACGUGUUAGAAUGAGAGGUGGUAAAAUUAAUUCAACAGGAAAAAUAAAGGUAAUAAAAAUUAUGAAAGAACAUAUGGAAGAUCAAGUGAUAGAAUCUCCAGAACCUAUGAAAACUGAAUUUUCAUCCCAAAAAAAUGACGAUAAUGACACAAAAGCUACUGAUACUAUGAUGCAUAAUGAUAGUAAAACUAAUAAAAGAAAACUAAGUACAAACAGUCUAGAAGUGCAGGAGAAAAAAAUUAAGCCAGACGAUAUUCAAGAAACUGUAUCAGCAACACCCACUAAAAAUGUCAGCAAAAUUUCCAAAGAAAAGACUCCCGAAAUUAGUCAGAGUGUUUCAGUACUUGAUAAUAAAAGUGAUAAAGAUGAAGAUGUUAACUGCCUUGUAUCAGAGCAUGAAUUGAAUCCCAAUAAAGUUGCAGAAAGUAAUGCAGUUAAUACCCUAACCAUUGUAAACCAGCUACCUCAAAUUAGUAUAAUGGGGGUGUCGAAAUCAAAUUCAGUUAGUAAUAAAUUGAGCCCUGACACAAAUAAAAAUACUGAUGACAUAAAAACCAAUUCUAUUGCAAGAGUAGUAUUAAAGAAAAGAAAUAUGAUACAAGAAAAUAGCAGUUUUGUAAAAAGGGUUAGCAUCUCAAAAAUGAAUUCUAAUACUGAAACUAAUAACAAAUCAUCAGUGGAAGAACAUGCUUUGCAUAGAAUAAGUAAUAUUGAAAUUAAAAAGGCAUCCCCUUGCAAUGCUAUUGUUAUACCUGACAGCACAAUAUCCUCAUUAGAUGUUGAAAUUAAAACUGAACCAAUUGAUGAUUAUGAUAUCGAUAAAUCAUAUAAUGCAUCAGAAUCCACUACUGAGGCAUAUAUUGAUAAUUCUACAAAAAAGCAAUCUGCUAGAAAAUCUUUUCCCAAUAAACCCAAGAUGAAUAUAUCGCCUGCAACCAAAAAUAAUUCAAAGGAGUCGGGAAGUAUUAAUCCUGCGAGUAUGGUUUAUAUACCACAAAAUUCUACAGCACCUAAAGUGGAAGCAAAGUAUCAAGUAUCAGCAGCAUCCUCAAAUCAACAGCAAACAUCAGCAUUUGUGUUACCUAAAAGACAAGAAGCUUCUAUUAAGAUUUGUAAUACUCCAAGAAAUAAUUCUUCCACAAUUGAUAAUAGUACAGCUUUCAAAAGUGCUGAUCUCAUAGAAGAGCAUAAUUACAGACACACGAAUGUACCUGUUGAAGAAAAGCAAGAAAAUAGAACUACUUUCGGUCCAUUAUCAACAUCUAUAAACACAAGUUUUCCAUCAGAAUGUGGUCCAGUUUCACAAAUUAUAAAUGAGAAUGCACUUAAGUUAUCAAGAUAUUUUCAAAAUUUGCUACAUCAAACAUUGGUUGAUUUUGGCAAUGCUGGUUCUACAGAUGCCCAAGUUAAAAAAUUACAAGCUGAUAUUGAAAGUUUGAAGUGGAUUCAUAAGCAAGAACUCAGUGAAAUAAAACACAAUACAGAGCUUAUAUUAUUAGAAAUAAGAAAUAGUUUUGAAAUAGAUAAUGCUCACAAUAUAACAAAGUACAAAAAGAAGGCAGAAGCUGAGCGAAUUCGGUGUGUUCAAGAAGCUAAAAGCAAGCAAUGGUGUGUUUAUUGUGGGAAAGAAGCUCAGUUUUAUUGUUGCUGGAAUACAUCAUACUGUGAUCAUGAAUGCCAACGAAAGCAUUGGAAUACCCACAUGACCCUUUGUGGCCAACACAGAGACACUAAUCAAGAUGAUUCUUCAACCUUAAAUAUAAAUGAUUCAAGAUCAAAAAUAAAGACUAAGACCAUAAAUCAAAAUAUUAUACAAUCUUUCAAAAGAACUCCGAAAUUGAAACAUAAUUUGGAUAAACCUACAAUAUCCAAUAAAUUCUAUUUAGAAAGUCCAAUCAUUUGAACAUUUCAAAGUGUU